AAAAAGAUAAAAUCAUCUUUAUCUUUUAUUCGCAAAAUAAUUCAUACUACUAUUACGAUAUUGAUGACGAUAAAACCGAAAAUUUUACAAAAGAACAUAAGAUGAUUGAAUAUUAUAUUCAAAAAUAUAUGAAUGCCUUUUUCAAAAAGAUAGAAGAAAAAAAAAUUGAAAUUAAUCUUGGAAAUAAAUCUACAAUUCAAAAUUUUAUUAAAUCUUUUCGAUCUAGAGAAUUGAAAACCAAAACAACCAGUAACACCAUCACCAGAAAAAUAAUUAUUAACGAUAUCGAUAUGUACAAUCAUAAGAAAAGAAGUAUAGAAGAAGAAUUUGAAACUAAAUUGAUUAACAAAUACAAAGACAAAGAAAAAUCUAUCUCUGUAAAAACAAGUAGUGGACGUGAAAUCAAUUUAUUAAACACCUUG